GUCUACCUAUCAUGGGAGCACUCACUUCCUGUGAAUGAGUACAGCCUUCUCUGGAUGAUCCAUCCUGGGACUGAGAAGAAUUCACCAGAUGGUAAAUGGCCCCUGGAGACUUAGUCUGUCUCUCAGUCCUGAUUCUUCAGACCUCUGCUCUUUUGGAAGAGAAGCAGAAAAUGACCAAGUCUCACGGUCCAUUGUCAUUUGAGGAUGUGGCUGUAGCUUUCACUAAGGAGGAGUGGCAGCAACUGGACCCUGCUCAGAGGACCCUGUAUAGAGAUGUGAUGCUGGAGAACUUCAGCCACGUGAUCUCAUUGGGGCAUCCAGUUUCCAAACCAGAUGUCAUCUCCAAGUUGGAACAAGGAGAAGAGCCAUGGAUAAUAAAGAGAGAUGUAUCAGAUUGGAUCUAUCCAGAGAGGGAGACUAGACUUGACAACCCUCAAUUGGAUAUACCUGGAGAUGUUUACUUCCAUAAGGAGGUAUUGGAAAGUGUAACAAGGGAUCCUUCACUAUACUCCAUUUUUAAGGUCUGGCAGGGUGAUGACCAGAUGGAGAGACAUCAGGAAAAUAAAGACAGACUUCUCAGGCAAUUCAUGGUCAUCAAAAACAAAACAGUUGUUGAAGAAUCAGGUUAUACAUAUAAGUCAUCAGGAAAAAUAUUUCAUGACUGCAUAGACCUAGAUUCUUCAGGACAAAGAUUGUAUAAAUGUGACUCAUUUGAAAAGAGCUUGAUACCUAAUAUAAACUUAUUCAGUUGUAAUAGGGGUUAUGCAAGAAAAAACACUGUUGAGAAUUUUAGAUGUAGGAGUACACCUAUUUCUUCCUAUUCUAAGCAUGAAAAAAUUCAUAAUGGAGUGAAACACUGUGAAGAUAGUCAAUGUGGAAAGAUUAUCAGCAAUAAACAGUCUCUUUUUCAAUAUGUGAAUGUUGAAACUGGAGAGAAGACCUGUAUAUGCAUUGAAUGUGGAAAAUCUUUUCUAAAAAAGUCACAACUCAUUAUACAUCAAAGAAUUCAUACUGGAGAGAAACCGUAUGAUUGUGGUGCAUGUGGGAAAGCCUUCAGUGAAAAGUCACAUCUCAUUGUACAUCAGAGAACUCAUACUGGGGAAAAACCUUACGAGUGUUCUGAAUGUGGAAAAGCUUUCUCUCAGAAAUCAUCCCUCGUUAUACAUCAGAGAGUUCAUUCUGGGGAAAAACCAUAUGAAUGUAGUGACUGUGGGAAAGCCUUCUCCCAGAAAUCACCUCUCAUUAUACAUCAGAGAAUACAUACUGGUGAAAAACCUUAUGAAUGUAAUCAGUGUGGGAAGGCGUUCUCCCAGAAGUCACAGCUGAUUAUACAUCAUAGAGCUCAUACUGGAGAGAAACCAUAUGAAUGUACUGAAUGUGGGAAAGCCUUCUGUGAGAAGUCCCACCUCAUUAUACAUAAAAGAAUUCACACUGGGGAGAAACCCUAUAGAUGCACUCAGUGUGAGGAAGCCUUCAGCAGAAAGUCAGAACUCAUUAUACAUCAGAUAAUUCAUACUGGGGAGAAACCUUAUGAAUGUACUGAAUGUGGGAAGACCUUCUCGCGGAAGUCACAGCUCAUCAUACAUCAGAGAACACAUACUGGAGAAAAACCAUAUAAAUGCAGUGAAUGUGGAAAAGCUUUCUGUCAGCAGUCACAUCUCAUUGGACAUCAGAGAAUUCACACAGGAGAAAAACCUUAUGUGUGCAGUGAAUGCGGGAAAGCCUUCUCUCAGAAGUCUCACCUCCCAGGGCAUCAGCGAAUUCAUACAGGAGAAAAACCUUACAUAUGUGCUGAAUGUGGAAAGGCGUUUUCCCAGAAGUCAGACCUUGUUGUACAUCGGAGAAUUCAUACUGGGGAGAAACCCUAUCAGUGUGCUAUGUGUGGGAAAGCCUUCAUCCAGAAGUCACAACUCACUGUACAUCAAAGAAUUCAUACAGUGGAGAAAACCUGUGUGUGUGUUACAUGUGGAAAGGCCUUUGCCAAGAAGUCACAGCUUAUUGUACAUCAACGAAUUCAUACUGGAAAGAAACCAUAUGAUUGUGGUGCAUGUGGGAAAGCCUUCAGUGAGAAGUUUCAUCUCAUCGUACAUCAGAGAACUCAUACUGGGGAGAAACCUUACGAAUGUUCUGAAUGUGGAAAAGCCUUCUCUCAGAAAUCUUCCCUCAUUAUACAUCAGAGAGUUCACACUGGGGAAAAGCCAUAUGAAUGUAGUGAGUGUGGGAAAGCCUUCUCCCAGAAAUCACCCCUCAUUAUACAUCAAAGAAUUCACACUGGAGAGAAACCUUAUGAAUGUAGAGAGUGUGGGAAGGCCUUCUCCCAGAAGUCACAGCUGAUCAUACAUCAUAGAGCUCAUACUGGAGAGAAACCAUAUGAAUGUACUGAAUGUGGGAAGGCCUUCUGUGAGAAGUCCCACCUCAUUAUACAUAAAAGAAUUCACACUGGGGAGAAACCCUACAAAUGUGCUCAAUGUGAGGAAGCCUUCAGCAGGAAGACGGAACUCAUUACACAUCAGUUAAUUCAUACUGGGGAGAAACCUUAUGAAUGUACUGAAUGUGGGAAGACCUUCUCCCGGAAGUCACAGCUCAUCAUACAUCAGAGAACACAUACUGGAGAAAAGCCCUAUAAAUGCAGUGAAUGUGGAAAAGCCUUCUGUCAGAAAUCACAUCUCAUUGGACAUCAGAGAAUUCACACAGGAGAAAAACCUUAUAUAUGCAGUGAAUGUGGGAAAGCCUUCUCUCAGAAGUCUCACCUCCCAGGGCAUCAGCGAAUUCAUACAGGAGAAAAACCUUACAUAUGUGCUGAAUGUGGAAAGGCGUUUUCCCAGAAGUCAGACCUUGUUUUACAUCAGAGAAUUCAUACUGGGGAAAGACCCUAUCAAUGUGCUAUCUGUGGGAAAGCCUUCAUCCAGAAGUCACAACUCACUGUACAUCAGAGAAUUCAUACAGUAGUAAAAUCAUAA